GCUCUGCAAACAGUCGUGUCAGCAGCAGCAGCAGAAGUAAAUAGCAACCAAUGUGACCAAUUUUUAGCUGCUGGAUCGUCUCGUCCCCUGCACCCUGAAAAAAUGGCGAAAACGGACCGUAAAACGGGUGUGGAGAAGACUCUGUGUGAACAGUAUCUUUACAUUGCAUUCGUAGUGGCGUGUUACUGGGUCGUAUCGAUCGCAAUCGUCUUUGUGAACAAAUCCCUGCUAAGUGCCCGACAGGACUUUGACGCCCCCAUGUUUGUAACAUGGUUUCAGUGUGUGUUCACUUAUUGUGUGUGCCUAUUCUUCCGCCGGUUUAGAGGCAUCUUUACCUGGUUUCCGGACAUUCAGUUUAGCUAUGCUACUAUGAAGAAGACCCUCCCGCUCUCCAUCGUGUUUGUUGCAAUGGUCACAUUUAAUAAUUUGUGUUUGAAAUAUGUCGGGGUUGCCUUCUACUAUUUGGCUCGCUCCCUCACCACCGUUACUAAUGUGGCAUUCACGUUUGCAAUUUUGAGAAAAUCCGUGUCCGGUGGUGCUAUUACGUGCUGUCUUGUCAUAACGAUCGGAUAUUUCGCAGGAAUUGAUCAGGAAGGUCUUUCAGGCGGGAUCACAAUAAAAGGGAUAAUUUUUGGAGUUUUAUCCUCCUGCUGCGUCUCUCUGAAUUCAAUCUACACCAAAAAAGUCUUACCCGCCGUCGACGACUCGGUGUGGACUUUAAAUUACUACAACAAUUUAAAUGCUAGUCUCCUAUUUAUCCCGUUAAUGUUCAUUUUUGGCGAACUCCCACACACCGUAUUUGUCACGCAAAUGACAGAGUUGGACUUUUGGCUGUUGAUGAGUCUCGGCGGUGUGAUGGGGGUCCUUAUCGGAUUUGUGACAGGAUUGCAGAUCAAGGCUACGUCUCCACUCACUCACAACAUUUCCGGUACUGCGAAAGCAUGCGUCCAAACUGUGAUCGCUGUCUGGGCUUAUCACGACAUAAAGUCCUGGGCUUGGUGGGCAUCCAACUGGAUCGUUUUGUUUGGCAGUGCAGCCUACACAAAAGUGCAGCAGAUGGAUAUGGAGAAAGAAUUCAAGAAUAAAACUAUUUUGCCGUCCCACGAGAAGAGUCCAAAAUCAAAGGAUGGAGCUACCGAAAAACUUUUAGAUUCUGACAGUUCAUAGAAAACGAACGGUUCUCUUUUUAUAAGUCAUCGCGUCUUCCUAAAUCUGUUUACGAUCUAUGUAAUAUCACAUUACAAAUUGCAAGUAUUAUCUGAACAACAUGAAAAUAAUGAAUAAUUUCUUUCCGCAAUAAUUUUUUAAUUAUAUUAUUUAUUCAAGUUAUUUAUUAUUAUUAUUAUCCGUACGUUUUACACAAUAUAAAUAACGUUUCGACAUUUUAGUCAAGCAAAGAAUGUAGACAUUUCUUGAUAAAAGGAGAAUUUAAUGUGAUGAUGAUUUUUAACUAAUAAAGUCAGGACCAAAAAU